AUGUCUGAGCAAGUCGAAAAGGCUUAUCAGAAGCAAAUUGGUAUCUUUCAAAAUCCAAAAGCUAGCAGAAAGGUCAAAGCCAAAGAUCUCCGCUGGUAUAAGGAUGUAGGUCUAGGGUUUAAGACGCCUAAGGAGGCUAUUGAAGGCCACUAUAUAGAUAAAAAAUGUCCCUGGACUGGUAUGGUGUCUAUUCGAGGUCGUAUAUUGACUGGCGUAGUAGUUUCUGUCAAAAUGAAAAGAACAAUUAUUGUUCGCCGUGAAUAUUUGCACUAUGUUACAAAAUACAAUCGUUACGAAAAACGUCACAAAAAUCUUGCUGCACAUUUAUCUCCCGCCUUUGUUGGUGUCUCAGCAGGCGAUAUUGUUACUGUGGGACAAUGCCGGUAA